CUCUGCAGGGGACACAGUGACAUGAGAGGCACCCCACUGACCCAUCUCCUCUCCUGCUCUCUCCUCUGCCUCCUCUCAAAGGUGUGUGCCCAGCUGUGCCCAACACCGUGUACCUGCCCCUGGCCGCCUCCCCGAUGCCCACCGGGGGUGCCCCUGGUGCUGGACGGCUGUGGCUGUUGCCGGGUAUGUGCAGGGCGGCUGGGGGAGCCGUGUGACCACCUCCACGUCUGCGACCCCAGCCAGGGCCUGGUCUGCCAGCUUGCGUCGGGCCCUGGCGGCCCGAGGGCCGUUUGCCUCUUGGGAGAGGAGGACGGAAGCUGUGAGGUGAACGGCCGCCUGUACAGGGACGGAGAGACCUUCCAGCCCCACUGCAGGGUUCGCUGCCGCUGCGAGGACGGCGGCUUCACCUGCGUGCCGCUGUGCAGCGAGGACGUCCGGCUGCCCAGCUGGGACUGCCCCCAGCCCCAGAGGGUGGAGGUCCCCGGCCAGUGCUGCCCUGAGUGGGUCUGCACCCAGACCCUGGGGGUCCAGACCCUCCCAGCUCGAGAACCCCAGUUUUCCGGCCUUGUCGCUCCCGCGCCCCCGGGAAUCCCAUGCCCAGAAUGGAGCACGGCCUGGGGUCCCUGCUCGACCACUUGUGGGCUGGGCGUGGCCACACGGGUGUCCAACCAGAACCGCUUCUGCCGACUGGAGACUCAGCGCCGCCUGUGCCUGCCUGGGCCCUGUCCGCCCACCAGGGGGCGCAGCCCAUGGAACAGAACAGUUUAG